AUGUUUCGUAACCAAACUCCUCGCAAAAUAUUCAUUCAAGCAUCUCUCUGUACUCUACUUCUCUUAAUCUUGUUUAAUAUAUUUGCUCGAUCUCAGAAUGUUACUGGAAAUUAUGUGAUCACUAAAGAUUUCUUUACUAUAUUGAAAGCCGGUCAGUUUUCCGUCUACGAUUCCAAUGAACAACAAUUACAAUAUCGAAUUCAAUCACAAAUUGCUCUUUGGCAAAUCAUUGAAUUAGUUUCAUAUCCAUCGAAUCAAAUAAUUGCAAAACUUCAUAUGCAAUGGUUGGCUUUGUUAUAUAACGCAAAUAUUUCAAUUUUUGAUUCUUCAUCAAAUCAAUGGAUUAAUGGUCGAAUUCGAAGACAUUUUCAAUUCUUUGGUGAUCAAUAUACUAUCGAAUGGAAUGGACAAAGUAUUGUUAUGGAAACAAAAAUUUUUUCAUUGACAACAAAAUUUCAUUAUCAAAAUCAAGAAACUAUAUUAGCACAAUUUCAUCGACGUUGGAUUUCAUUAAUUUGGACGAAUAAAUAUGAUUUAGAAAUAUUUUCUAAAGAAAUACCUGAUGCAAUCUAUAUAUUAGCAUUGGCAGCUAAAGAUCAUAAUACUGCUCAAUCAUCAAAAAGUUCCAGAGCAACAAGAAAAACGAGAUGA